AUGACCAGGUCCUCUAAGGACAUACCAAUUGACCUAGACCUUGAAAUAGAAAGGACCCUUUGGAAGCAAAGGAAGGCUAGAGAGUUAGAGCUUCGGAUAGUUGAUAAUCCUCCUGCCUCUUCUGCCACUGCAUCUGAUAUUCCUUCUAUUUCUAUACCUACCCCUGACUUAAACACAAUGGCGGGUAAUGGGAAUGAACACAAUCGGAAUGGAAAUAAUGUAAAUCAUGGUCAUUUGGAUGGUAGAACCAUUAGAGAAUUGGCUGCCCCUGAUGUGCACUACCAGUCUUUAUGCAUUCAAUAUCCCCAAUUGGAUGCAACCUUUGAAUUGAAAUCUGGGCUAAUCCAUUUGCUUCCCAUGUUUCAUGGCCUUGCAGGUGAAGAUCCGCACAAGCACCUCAAGGAAUUCCAUGUUGUCUGCUCCACAAUGAGGCCACAAGGAGUUGAUGAGGAGCAGAUAAAACUUAGGGCCUUCCCAUUUUCAUUGGAUGGAGCUGCAAAGGAUUGGUUAUACUACCUACCACCUGCUGCCAUCACAAGUUGGGAUGAGCUAAAAAGAAUCUUUUUGGAGAAGUUCUUUCCAGCAUCCCGAACAGCCGCCAUUCGGAAAGAAAUUUGUGGCAUAAGGCAGAAUCAUGGGGAGACAUUACAUGAGUAUUUGGUGGAUGCAGCUAGUGGAGGAGCCCUCUCUGAAAAGACACCAGCAGCUGCUCAAGAGCUAAUCUCCAAGAUGGCACAGAAUGCCCAACAGUUUGGUACCAGGUCAGCCACUCCCAUGAGACAGGCCAAUGAGAUUGGUGUUGCUUCCAUCAAUGACCAACAGAGAAUAGAGAACAAACUGGAGGAAUUGGCCUCCAUGGUCAGACAGCUAGCCCUUGAUAAAGGACAGUCCAAAUCUCAGCAUCAACAAAGAUAUGAUCCAUAUGCUGCCACCUAUAAUCCAGGGUGGAGAGAUCAUCCGAACUUGAGGUAUGGAGGUUCUUCCAACCAGCCAUUCCAACCACAACAGCAGCAACCUCAGCAGCACAGAUUCAAUGCACAAAGACCAAGUCAAUCAAUGCAGCAACCCCAACCAGCUCCUAAAUCCGAAUCAAGCUUGGAAGAUAUCAUGAAGCAGCUCGUUGCCAACAAUCUCCAGUUUCAGCAAAGGACCGACACUGCCAUACAAAAUUUGGAGACACAGAUUGGACAGCUGGCAACCAACAUCAGUGAGCUACGGAGUCAAGGUUCGGGUCAGUUGCCUUCACAGCCAAUUUCAAAUCCAAGGGGCAAUGUAAGUGCUAUCGUUCUCCGCAGUGGCAAAGAGUUAAGCAGCCCACCCUCUCCACCACCAGAAUUUGGGCAGCAACAAGAAAGCCAAAAGAAAGAUCAGCCUCCUCCCAUUCAAAAGGACAAGCAGCCCACCACCAUUGAUCAAGAUAGAGGAGAGACUUCUCACAACCAUCCACUGCCAUUUCCUCACUGA